CAGAGCACAUUCGAGAGGAGGCAUCGCUCUUGACAGCCCAACUUCUUUGCAUCCGAAGAAGGGCAUGAACCCAGGGGUUUCCUGGGAGCGCAGAACGUUUGAGUGCCGGCGCUCUUUUUGCAGCGUAUUGCUGGAAAGAGCUGGCAGAGAGACGGACACUUGGCUAUGGCUUCAUUUCGGGUUGCCCGCAGACUUUGGUGGGGCUGCAGCAGGAGGUUUGUUUCAACUGAUUUGGUUCCUAAACUAUCAACAGCUGAGAUUGCACAGAUGCGCAACAAGCUCUUUGCGAAGGAAAAAGAGAGACAAUUGUCUCUCUAUCCACGAAUUGAGAAGAUCGAAGUAAAGUAUGUUGGCAAAUCUCACCCAGGCACUAUAUUUGUAAUGAACAAAGGACUCUCCACACCAUAUACUUGUGCCAUGCAUUUAAGUGAGUGGCACUGUAAGAAAUCUGUACUCGCCCUUGUAGAUGGAAAAAUCUGGGAAAUGUACCGGCCUUUCACUCAGUCAUGCGAAAUACAGUUUCUUACUUUCAAAGAUGAAGAUCCAGAGGAAGUGAACAAAGCAUAUUGGCGGUCUUGUGCAAUGAUCUUGGGAUGUGUGCUGGAACAGGCCUUCAAAGAUGAAUACUUGGUAACUCUUGUCAGAGCACCAGAAGUGCCAG